GAUCUGCUGCUGCUUUCAGGGCGGGUGUCAUGGCGGCAGGCGUCGAGUUGGCAGGAGUCGCCCACGGAACUGAGGAAAGUCUCUAAAGCAGAGGAAGAAGUGGCCCAGCCUGGACCGUGGGAAGUCGUGGGAAUGAGCAGAAGGCCCUGUGUGGGUGACUGUAUCACUGGAGGCGGGCCCCUGGUAAAGUCCCGGGCCAGGCCUCUGCGUUCCUAGGCAGAGCCCGGCUGUUGGGAGACCCCCGGAACCGGCGUUGCCUAGGAACCUCGCUUUGUGCUGUCACAGCCAGAGUGUUUCGGAAUAGUCUCCCGAAGACAGAGGUUAGAGGACAUUUGGCGGGAUUGUCCGACGGCGCUGGACGCUUUUCUCGGAGCGGACCUGGUCGUUCUCUAAACCCGCAGCGAUGUCGUCCUGGUUUGGGGGCCUCGGCACCGGCUUGGGCCAGUCUCUGGGUCAAGUGGGGGGUAGCCUGGCUUCCCUCACUGGCCAAAUUUCAAACUUUACAAAGGAUAUGCUGAUGGAGGGCACGGAGGAAGUGGAAGCAGAAUUUCCUAAUUCUAGGAGAAAGGAAAUUGAAGCCAUUCAUGCUGUCUUGAGAUCAGAGAAUGAAAGACUUAAGAAACUUUGUACUGAUCUAGAAGAGAAGCAUGAAGCAUCAGAGCUUCAAAUAAAGCAGCAAUCUACAAGUUACCGAAAUCAACUACAACAGAAAGAGGUAGAAAUCAGCCAUCUUAAAGCAAGACAGAUUGCGCUACAGGAACAGUUUCUGAAAUUGCAGUCAGCUGCUCAGUCAGCACAUUCAGGAGCUGGUGGUGUACCAGCAACCACUGCAUCUUCUUCAUUUGGUUAUGGGCUCAGUCACACUUCAGCUUUCCAUGACGAUGGCAUGGACUUUGGUGACAUAAUUUCAUCACAACAAGAAAUAAACAGAUUAUCAAAUGAAGUUUCAAGACUAGAGUCCGAAGUUGGCCAUUGGAGGCAUAUUGCUCAGACUUCUAAAGCACAAGGAACACAUAACUCUGAUCAAAGUGAAAUCUGCAAACUACAAAAUAUCAUUAAGGAACUUAAACAGAACCGAAGUCAAGAAAUUGAUGACCAUCAACAUGAAAUGUCAGUAUUGCAGAAUGCACAUCAACAGAAGUUGACAGAAAUAAGUCGUCGACAUCGAGAGGAAUUAAGUGACUAUGAAGAACGAAUUGAAGAACUUGAAAAUCUGUUACAGCAAGGUGGCUCUGGAGUUACAGAAACUGAUCACUCUAAAAUCCAGGAGAUGCAAAAAAAUAUUCAGGUUCUACAAACUGAAAAAUUAGAGUCUACAAAAAAAAUUGAAGAACUUGAGGAUCAAAUAAAAGACAUAAAUAAAAAAUUAUCUUCUGUUGAAAAUGACAGAGAUGUUUUGAGAAGAGAACAAGAACAGCUAAAUGUGGAAAAGAGACAAAUAAUUGAAGAAUGUGAAAGCUUGAAAUUGGAAUGUAGUAAAUUGCAGCAAAGUGAUACUGUGACAGAAAAGGAAAGGAUUCUUUCACAGAGCACAUCAGUGGAAGAAGUGUUCAGACUACGACAAGCACUGUCUGAUGCAGAAAAUGAAAUAAUGAGACUGAGUAGUUUAAACCAGGAUAACAGUCUCUCUGAAGACAAUCUGAAACUUAAAAUGCAAGUCCAAGUUUUAGAAAAAGAGAAGUCAUUAUUGAGUCAAGAAAAGGAAGAACUUCAGAUAUCACUUUUAAAAUUGAACAAUGAAUAUGAAGUAAUCAAAAGUACAGCUACAAGAGACAUGAGUUUGGAUUCAGAAUUACAUGACUUAAGACUUAAUUUGGAGGCAAAGGAACAAGAACUUAGUCAGAGUAUUAAUGAAAAGGAAAUACUGGUAGCUGAGUUAGAAGAAUUGGACAAACAGAACCAAGCAGCUACAAAGCACAUGAUUUUGAUAAAAGAUCAGCUAUCAAAACAACGAAAUGAAGGAGAUAGCAUCAUCAGUAAACUGAAACAAGAUCUAGAAGAUGAAAAAAAGAGAGUUCAUCAACUUGAAAAUGAUAAAAUGAACAUUACUAAGGAGUUAGAUGUGCAGAACGAAAAGUUAAUUCAAAGUGAACUGGUCCUAAAUGAAUUACAUUUAACCAAGCAGAAGCUUGAGGAGAAAGUAGAAGAUUUAGUAGAUCAGCUAAAUAAAUCACAAAAAAAUAAUUUAAACACCCAGGAGGAGAACUUUGAACUGAAGGAACAUACUAGACAAAAUGAGGAGGAGCUUUCUAGAGUCAGAAAUGAGUUAAUGCAGUCUCUUAAUCAAGACUCUAGCAGUAAUUUUAAGGAUAACGUACUUAAAGAAAGAGAAGCCGAAGUUAGAAACUUAAAGCAAAAUCUUUCAGAACUAGAACAGCUCAAUGAAAAUUUAAAGAAAGUUGCUUUUGAUCUCAAAAUGGAAAAUGAAAAAUUGGUUUUAGCAUGUGAAGACAUAAGACAGCAGUUGGAAGAAACUGUUGCUAAUAACAAUCAGAUUUCUCUGGAAAAAAAUACUAUUGUGGAGACUCUAAAAGUGGAAAAAGGGCAGAUAGAAGCAGAGUUGUGUCAGGCUGAAAAGAGACUGUUGGAAGAAGCAAACAAGUAUAAGCAAACCAUCGAAGAACUGUCAAAUGCACGUGAUUUGAAUACCUCUGCCUUACAACUGGAACAUGAACGUCUAAUUAAACUCAGCCAAGAGAAAGACUUUGAAAUAGCUGAACUCAAAAAAAAUAUUGAGCAGAUGGAUACCGAUCAUAAAGAAACUAAGGAAAUUUUAUCAUCUAGUUUAGAAGAACAGAAGCAACUGACACAGCUUAUACACGAGAAAGAAAUUUUGAUUGAAAAACUUGAAGAAAGAAGUUCAGAGCUGCAAGAGGAAUUAGAUAAAUAUUCUCAGGCCUUAAGAAAAAAUGAAAUUUUGAGGCAGACCAUAGAGGAAAAGGAUAGAAGUCUUGGAUCCAUGAAAGAAGAAAACAAUCAUCUACAAGAAGAACUGGAACGACUCAGGGAACAGCAGAGUCGAGCUGUUCCUGUGGCUGAGCCUAAAACCCUUGAUAGUGUUACUGGACUAGAAUCUGAGGUAUCUCAACUGAAUACACUCAAGGAUCAUCUUGAAGAAGAAAUUAAACAUUACCAAAAGAUAAUUGAAGAUCAAAACCAGAGUAAGAUGCAAUUACUUCAGUCUUUACAGGAGCAGAAGAAGGAAAUGGAUGAGUUUAGAUACCAGCAUGAACAGAUGAAUGUUACCCACACCCAGCUCUUUGUAGAGAAAGAUGAGGAAAUUAAGAAUUUGCAAAAAACAAUUGAACAAAUCAAAACCCAGUUGGAUGAAGAAAGACAGGACAUUCAAACAGAGAAUUCUGAUAUUUUUCAAGAAACAAAAGUUCAGAGCCUUAAUAUAGAGAAUGGAAGUGAAAAGCAUGAUUUAUCUAAAGCUGAAACUGAAAAGUUAGUGAAAGGAAUAAAAGAACGAGAACUAGAGAUUAAACUUCUAAAUGAAAAGAAUAUAUCUUUAACUAAACAGAUUGAUCAGUUGUCCAAAGAUGAGGUUGGUAAACUAACUCAGAUUAUCCAGCAAAAAGAUUUGGAGAUACAAGCUCUUCACGCUAGAAUUUCUUCAGCAUCCUAUACCCAGGAUGUUGUUUACCUUCAACAGCAACUGCAGGCAUAUGCCAUGGAAAGAGAAAAAGUGUUAGCAGUUUUGAGUGAGAAGACAAGGGAAAAUAGCCAUCUAAAAACAGAAUAUCACAAAAUGAUGGAUAUAGUUGCUGCCAAAGAAGCAGCCCUCAUUAAACUGCAAGAUGAAAAUAAAAAAUUGUCCACUAGAUUUGAAAGCAGUAGCCAAGAUAUGUUUAGAGAAACUGUUCAGAAUUUAUCACGUAUCAUUCGAGAAAAAGACAUUGAAAUAGAUGCAUUAAGUCAGAAAUGUCAGACUUUACUGGCAGUUUUACAAACAUCUAGCUCUGGUGAUGAGGUUGGAGGUGUCAACAGUAAUCAGUUUGAGGAGCUCCUACAGGAACGUGAUAAAUUAAAACAACAAGUAAAGAAAAUGGAAGAGUGGAAACAGCAGGUUAUGACCACAGUACAAAAUAUGCAACAUGAGUCGGCCCAACUUCAGGAAGAACUGCAUCAACUUCAGGCACAAGUUUUGGUUGAGAGUGAUAAUAAUUCUAAAUUACAAGUGGACUAUACUGGCCUGAUCCAAAGUUAUGAGCAGAAUGAAACCAAACUAAAAAAUUUUGGGCAGGAAUUAGCACAAGUUCAACACAGCAUAGGGCAGCUUUAUAAUACCAAGGAUCUUCUUUUAGGAAAACUUGAUAUUAUUUCACCCCAGGUGUCUUCUGGAUCACCACUUACUCCCCAGUCAGCAGAAUCUCUUAGAGCAAGUAACUCUGAUGUACCAAAUGAGUCUUCUCAGUUUCUUCAGCAAGAGAUAGAAGAGCUAAGGAAAUCACUGCAAGAAAAAGAUGCCACAAUUAGAACUCUUCAGGAAAAUAAUCACAGAUUGUCUGAUUCAAUGGCUGCCAGCUCAGAGCUAGAAAGAAAAAAAUACGAACAAACUGAUUCAGAAAUUAAGGAGCUGAAGGAGAAACAAGAUAUUUUACAAAAAUUACUUAAGGAAAAAGACCUCUUAAUCAAAGCCAAAAGUGAUCAGUUACUUUUUUCAAAUGAAAAUUUCACUAACAAAGUAAAUGAAAAUGAACUUUUGAGGCAGGCAGUAACAAACUUGAAGGAGAGAAUAUUAAUUUUAGAAAUGGACAUUAGUAAACUAAAGGGGGAGAAUGAAAAAAUAGUAGAAACAUCCAAGGGAAAGGAAACAGAAUAUCAAGCAUUACAAGAAACUAAUAUGAAGUUUUCUAUGAUGCUGCGAGAAAGAGAGUUUGAGUGUCAUUCAAUGAAGGAGAAGGCUCUGGCUUUUGAGCAACUAUUGAAAGAAAAAGAACAGGGCAAGACUGGGGAGUUGAAUCAGCUUUUAAAUGCAGUUAAGUCAAUGCAGGAGAAGACAGUCACAUUUCAACAGGAGAGAGACCAAGUCAUGUUGUCCCUGAAACAGAAACAAAUGGAAAACAGUGCCCUACAGAAUGAGGUCCAACGUUUACGAGACAAAGAAUUUCGGUUAAACCAGGAACUAGAGAGAUUGCGUAACCAUCUUUUAGAAUCAGAAGAUUCUUAUACCCGUGAAGUUUUGGCUGCAGAAGAUAGAGAGGCUAAACUAAGAAAGAAAGUCACAGUAUUGGAAGAAAAGCUAGUUUCAUCCUCUAAUGCAAUGGAAAAUGCGAGCCAUCAAGCCAGUUUGCAGGUAGAGUCUUUGCAAGAACAAUUGAAUGUAGUCUCCAAGCAAAGGGAUAAAAUUGCACUGCAGCUUUCUGCCUCUCAGGAAGAAGUAAAGCAGUAUGCUCUGUCACUAGCCAACCUGCAGAUGGUACUAGAGCAUUUCCAACAAGAGGAAAAAGCCAUGUAUUCUGCUGAACUAGAAAAACAAAAACAGCUUAUAGCUGAAUGGAAGAAAAAGACAGAAAAUCUGGAAGGAAAAGUUGUAUCAUUACAGGAACGUUUGGACGAAGCAAAUGCUGCACUAGAUUCAGCAUCACGACUUACAGAACAGUUAGAUCUAAAGGAAGAACAAAUUGAAGAACUUAAAAAACAAAAUGAGCUCCGACAAGAAAUGCUGGAUGAUGUACAAAAGAAAUUGAUGAACUUAGUAAACAGCACAGAAGGAAAAGUGGACAAAGUCCUAAUGAGAAACCUCUUCAUUGGGCAUUUUCACACACCAAAAAAUCAGCGUCAUGAAGUGUUACGAUUAAUGGGAAGUAUCCUGGGUGUCAAAAGGGAGGAAAUGGAGCAGUUGUUUAAUGAAGAUCGGGGCGGUGUGACCAGGUGGAUGACUGGGUGGCUUGGAGGAGGAUCAAAAAGUGUCCCCAAUACACCUUUGAGACCAAAUCAACAGUCUGUGUUUAAUAGUUCUUUUUCAGAACUUUUUGUUAAAUUUCUGGAAACAGAAUCUCAUCCAUCUGUUCCACCACCAAAGCUUUCUGUUCAUGAUAUGAAACCUCUAGAUUCACCAGGAAGGAGAAAACUGGAUACAAAUGUGUCAGAAAGUUUUAAAGAUACAACGGAAUCCAGGUCUGGUAGAAGAGCAGAUGUAAAUCCAUUCCUGGCUCCCCGCUCUGCAGCUGUGCCUCUUAUUAACCCAGCUGGACUCGGACCUGGUGGGCCUGGGCAUCUUCUUUUGAAGCCCAUCUCAGAUGUUUUGCCCACGUUUACACCUUUGCCAGUGUCACCAGACAACAGCGCUGGAGUUGUGUUGAAAGACCUUUUAAAGCAAUAGAUGAUUCUCAUGCCAGAGAAGAGCUAGCACUUUAAAGAAACCAUGAACACUAUGUGUAUGUACUUUUUAUCACAAAGUGGCCUUUUGGAAAAAGUCAUGUAUUUGUUUGCAGCUGUACUUUCUCUGAAUUUAAUAAAAAUAUUCUUAAUGCUUUUAGAAAUUGCAGGUGUCAGAGGAGCAAGUGUUUGCUGUAUAAUCUGCUUUUUUCUUACUGAUUUGACCUAAUUUAAGCUAGGAACAUUUGAUUUAUCUUUUAUCCUGAUUUGCAAAAAUAAAGACAGACAAAAAUACUA